AUGAAAGGUGCUUUUCUUAUUCCUUAUAUCCUCUUCCUAAUCAUUGCUGGAAUGCCCCUGUUCUAUAUGGAGUUAGCGCUGGGACAGUAUAACCGAGAAGGGGCAGCCACAGUGUGGAAAAUCUGCCCGGUUUUCAAAGGUGUAGGCUAUGCGGUGAUACUCAUAGCUCUUUACGUGGGUUUCUACUACAACGUUAUCAUAGCUUGGUCUCUGUAUUAUCUGUUUUCAUCAUUCACAUUUGAGCUCCCCUGGACGAACUGCGGCAACAGUUGGAAUAGCCCAAACUGUACAGAUCCCAAACUCCUCAAUGCAUCAGUGCUUGGCAAUGGCACCAAGUACUCCAAGUACAAGCUCACUCCAGCUGCUGAAUUUUAUGAGCGAGGAGUUCUGCACCUGCAUGAAAGCCGUGGCAUCCACGACCUCGGCUUGCCACGCUGGCAGCUGUCCCUCUGCCUCUUGGUGGUGGUGAUCAUUCUUUUCUUUAGUCUGUGGAAAGGCGUGAAGACUUCAGGAAAGGUUGUGUGGAUAACAGCCACUUUGCCUUACGUUGUAUUAUUUGUCUUGUUAAUACAUGGCAUUACCUUGCCUGGUGCAUACAAUGGAAUAAAUGCAUACCUGCACAUAGAUUUCAGAAGAUUAAAAGAAGCCACAGUAUGGAUUGAUGCAGCCACUCAAAUAUUUUACUCCUUAGGAGCUGGGUUUGGAGUUUUAAUUGCAUUUGCCAGUUACAAUAAGUUUGACAACAACUGUUACAGGGACGCUUUGCUGACUAGUACCAUUAACUGUGUCACAAGCUUCAUCUCAGGAUUCGCAAUUUUCUCCAUACUGGGCUACAUGGCUCAUGAGCACAAAGUUAAAAUUGAGGAUGUAGCCACUGAAGGAGCUGGUUUAGUUUUUAUCCUUUAUCCAGAGGCAAUUUCAACUCUUUCAGGAUCUACGUUUUGGGCUGUGGUAUUCUUCAUCAUGCUCCUUACUCUUGGCAUUGACAGUUCUAUGGGUGGAAUGGAAGCUGUCAUCACUGGCUUGGCAGAUGAUUUCCAAAUUCUCAAGCAGCACAGAAAACUCUUCACCUUUGGUGUUUCUUUUGGCACUUUCCUACUUGCCCUGUUUUGUAUCACCAAUGGUGGAAUUUAUGUGCUCACACUUCUGGACACAUUUGCAGCUGGGACUUCUAUAUUGUUUGCGGUUUUAAUGGAGGCAAUUGGCGUUUCCUGGUUUUAUGGUGUGGACAGAUUCAGUGAAGAUAUCCAACAGAUGAUGGGCUUCAAGCCAGGCCUCUACUGGAGACUGUGCUGGAAAUUUGUUAGUCCUGCUUUUUUAUUGUUUGUCGUGAUAGUCAGCAUAAUAAAUUUCAAACCUCUGACGUACGACGACUACACCUUCCCUCUCUGGGCAAAUCGUAUUGGCUGGGGAAUAGCAUUAUCUUCAAUGAUACUUGUGCCUGCCUAUAUUAUCUAUAAAUUUAUGAAUGCACGUGGGACCUUUAAAGAAAGGCUAGCUUACUGCAUCACACCUGAAAAUGAACACCAUCUUGUGGCUCAAGGAAAUGUCAGGCAGUUUAAGCUUCAACACUGGCUAACAAUAUGACAACUGACAGGUUGAGGAAAAAGCCAAUAUGUUAAGCAAAACUGGGAAUACAGAAAAUUCAAGUUCAAAGCUCCCUCGAUUAUGCUUGGACCAGGCUGGCUCAGACCUUAUCUACUGACUCUUUGAGGGAAGAUAUCUGCUCUCUGUUCUCAAUGCCUCCCCUCUAUUACCUGGCUUUAAAUGAUCUUUAAAGACCGAAUUUAAUUUUUCUUAUAUCUUUUGGUGCCAUGAGAUCCCUACAUGAGCAAAACUUGUGAGCUUUGCUAUUGGUAGAAGUGGAGGAGGCGAGAGCAGAGAAAAAACAUAAGUUAAAGGCUCUUUUAUCCUGGAGAAGUGUAUUAAACUUUUCUGACAGUAAUAAUUACUUCAGAUAUUCAUGCCACGAUCUGUUUUCAAACAACAAUACCUGAACGCUCUUAGAUCUUUAAGGAAAGAGCGCAUCUGAAUUGUAAGAAAAGAGCAACUUGAACUAUGUAUUAAUGUCAUUAGCUUUCUUGCCAUACUAUCCUUUGGGAUAUGAGUUUGCAUCCUUCUGAAGUGAAGACUCAGUGCUUCACUUUCAGCGGUUUGUUAUUAGUCUCUUCUCUUGGUGAAGAAGGUUGUCUUUGCUGUAUAUGUCCGUGCCAUUUUAAUUUCUGUGCAGUUUAACUAUACAAGCUGAAGAGUAACAGGAAUGGAAUUUCUGUUGUGGCUACUGAGUACAGAAUACAGUUCAUUUCCACACUGUACUUGAAACAUAUUCCCUUAUGUCAACAAUUAAAAUGGCUUUAUCAUAAGAUCCAUACUCUACAGACUUAUUCAGUUAAGUGCCAAGUUAUAUACAAUAGUUUUGUUAUUUUUUGUGCCAAAUAAUGUACAGUAUAUAAAAUAGUACAUAGGAAUAGAGAUAAUGAUUUUUAGAAUAAGCUGAUCUACCCAGAGGCACCAAAAUACCAAACUUGGGCUUUACUCUGCUGUUGUGGGCACACUAUUACAAUAUCAUCUGGAUUCACCUACCAAAACAUCGUAAGACUGUGUUGAACACCUUAGAAGAUAUUUUAGGCAUACUCAGCUCUAGGCCUACUCCUGCUCUUCUCUCUCUCCAGUAGCAUUAUGCAAGCUAGAAGACAUAAAACAAACUCUACAUUUGGGUGCUGUUCUUGUUCUCUGUCAUCACUUAUCAUUAUAGUGUCUUUCCACUGAUCACUAGACUCAGUAGCUUUAAAUUACUUCUUAUACUCAUCGCUAGAUCUAUACUAAUUUUCAGAGGCAGCAGCUUCUCAGUUGAAUCCAGCCUGGAGUUUACCUCUGAACCUUACCUCUGAAUAUUUUUGCCUCUAUACAUUCAGUUCAGUUUCUUACCUUCUAAACAUAUACCGUGCUUCCUUUUUUUAAAGGACCAUUUAAAAGGACGGUGGGUUUUUUUUACUAUACAAGAAAAAAAUAUUUUAUAAAAGCCCAGCUUAAAAGUCCAAUGUUAAAUGGGAAAGAGCAAAAUCACUUGGAUUUCUGUCCAAAAUAAUGGAAGCGAAACCUCUUCUUUCCUUAUUCAUACUUUUCCUCCAACAGAAUCAAUACUUCAGAAUGAAUCGAGUAUUGUCUCUUGCUUAAGAGCCUAUGUAACAAAGCAGUGGUUUUAUUUAAGCAGGGCUUUAAGUCCAAAGGACACUGUCUUCUAAUCGUAAAAUAAGUCAUAUUUUCUGGCCCAAGUGAUGGCAAAUAACAUUUCCAAAUAUAUUUUAAUAAUAAGGGGGUUUCAAAUGUUGCUGUUAGUUUUAUAAUGACAUGAAAGUCCAAACAGUGAAAAUGUUGAGUGCUUCAAAAAAAGAACCAUCCCCCCCAACUCCAUGCUGAAUCCUAUUUUUAUUGUUUGCUAAACCCCAUAGGGAUCACCUUUCAUUAUUAUAAACCUUACUUUUCAAUAACACAGCUGUUUCAGUCAUGGUUUGACAUAUCUCAAAAGUUUCUUAGCAUAGAUAUAAUUAUUAAGUUUUGAAAGUCUCGGGAGCUCUUUAACAUGGAGUUUUAAUGGCCUAUCACAUUUUACAUUGUUUAGUUCGCACAUGAUCAUAAAUGCUAACAACCUACAUCAAUGUUCACUUGUGAAAACCCACCCAUCUAUAGCAAAAUCCACAUAUGGAAAGUUACAUUUCAUCACCACUCUGCUCUAAAGCUUGGGUGAAGUUGGGAGUGAAAUCAGCUUUACCCAGCACGUUAGGGUUUGACUAUUUGUAAUGCCAACUCCUAAAGCAAUUACCCACUACAUUAUUUUUAUUUCUAAUGCUGUAUAACUUAUUAGGUUAAGUACAGUAUUUAUAGCUCAGGAUGCUGCACUAUUGCCAUCUUGUUCUGAGAUUUUUUUUUAUAGGCAAAGAAUUUAUAACUGAUACAGAAGACAACAGGCAAAUCUGAGGGAUAGCAGGAAUCUUAUUACCAUGAAUAGUCCUAAGAAAUACUUCAUACUGAGGGAUUGUGCAGCUGGGCUUUAAGAGUAAAGGUGUUGCCCAGAGGAAUUCUCUCAGAAACAUCGUGACUUUCCUCUGUCCCACAGAUAGAAAACAAUGUCCUUAAUUCUCCAUGGAAUAAGAUGCUCAACUACCUCAUGCCUCCUGGAUGAUAGGUGAUGCCAUUAAACACCAACCAAUGUCUAUUCAAGAAAAAUAGCUUUGUGAAGACCAGGUUAUACUCCUUUCCUCAACUCAGCGAUGUGGUACAGACAGAUAGCCCAAUAAAGAGUCACAGCUCUGUCACCCAGCUCCUUAUGGGUACCUGCUUUGAGCUUCCUAAUGUAUUUUCAGUAUGGAAAGGAUGAACUGUCAUGAAGAUGCUCAUCUCCCUUUUCUUCAGUCACUGUAGUUACAGAGAUCGCCCAAUCAGGUUCUCAUUGCUCACGUCAUUUCUUAACUGCAAAUCAUCUAAGUCUGUCUUGAAUUUCCAGCUAAGCAGAGGCUGUUUCCCUUAGAUAUACCUGUUUGGGGGAGCAGACUAGUUCCACAAACGGGUGCUUUCCCAAGGUAAUACACAGAAGGGUGCCAUUCAUCUCAGCCACAUGCUCACUGAUGGAAAAAACUCAGGAUUAGCAGAGCUUGAAGUCCCUUCCUUUGCCACAAUCACCACCUUUUCCAUGCUCUAUCAUCACCGUGAGCUUUUAGCCACACUGCCAGAAAUAUUUCCUGCUUCUACAUUAGAUCUCUUUCAGAAAAGAAUGAAUGACUUUGAGCUCAAACUUUGGAUUUCCAGCCUCUCCUGAAAUCCUGAGAUAAGCAGAUGCUGGUGGAGGAGACAGCUCACUUCCAAAAGUGGAAAAUUUUGAUUACAAGCCUAUUUAAAAUGCAGUAUCGUUUGCUUGCUAGUAGUUCUGGUGGCAUGCCAGUAGAAAGAACUGAGGGAAGCAAUUCAAUAGCUCAUUUGACAGCUCUAGAAAACAGUCUUGUAAGCCUUCUUUAAACCUGAUAAAGGGGCUUAUUGUACAUUAGUCUUUCUCUCCUGACCAGUCCUACCUUCCUCCCUAUAACUGAAAUAUGGGCCUACCUGCGAUCCUUACUGUUUUACCAAGCAACGUAAAGUUAACUAGUACCAAGGAGAGAGAUCUGCCAUUUUUUUUAUUCCUUCUGCUGCCAUUCAGUGGGAUAGAACAUAACAAGUAUUUGAAAAACUAUAGCUACAUUAGUAAAACUCCAGAGAUUCAGAUUUUUAGUAGAAACACACCAAGUCCUUCAUGUGCAGCAGUCCAAAAUCCACUAGUGCUAUUUAGCGUUUGGCCUCUGUUUGAACCAUAAAGUGUCUUUCUUGUGUUCUGAGGCAUACACACUGGCAACACUUGAAAAGUAUCUUACUAUAGUGAAGGACUUUGCAGGAAAUCCAGGAUCAAACAUGAUAUUUUAAAUAUAGAAUGUAGGAGGAGAAAUACUUGGCUGUUGCUAUUAUACACAUUCCCUAACUGCACGUGCAAUGUAUGUUGUAUGUAAUUUUCCCAGAGGAAGUUCCCUGCAAUUGGUCAUUUCUUCUUGGCAAGAUAAAAUACCCUUUCAAUGGUAUUAUUAAAAAAAGUAAAGCUCAAACAUUUUGUAUAUACAUCCACUUCUUACUCUAUUGUUUUGACAUGAAUUAAGUUUAUUUUGCCCUGUUAGGUUGUAGGAUGGGGGCACGUAGAAAGUUAUUUUGUUUUUAAAUGUCCAUUUUACAUAUCUUCUGAUUCAGAGCAGUUGCUAACCAAUAUCUACUUUUGAGGGAGUAGGUAGCUUUCAUUCAGUACCCCAAACUGAUUCGCUACAUUUCACAAGGCAUUGGUGAACACAAUCUCUUUCCUAAGAGCCAAAUAUAAACCACAGAUCAGGAAUUUCAAGAAAUUAGAGACCUGCAAAUGUUUUAUUUGCAUUGCCCAGUUAAAAAAAAAAUUUUAAACAGGCUUGAGGGACUCAGACAUAAUAAAGUUAUCACGACUCAAAUGACAGCACAUAAUCUACCUACAGUAGUUACGUGCCUGUCCUGAGCCUCUCACAGCAGUAAAGUAGAAUAAAUAUAUUCUAUCACAUUUUACUCUGUUUUCUCACAGCUAAGAAUUUUUAGAGUCCACAGAUCAGCUAACAUGCAAGAACUCAAUUUCCCUAAAUUAGAGGCCAACAUGAUGUUUCAGACUGAAAACCCUUGAAAAACAAAGUUUAGAGCGCCAGCUAUAGUACAGGGAGAGCGGGGUCUUCUGGAAACUCCUCCGGAAACUUUUCCCUGAAGGAAAAGGCUUCCUCAGUCUCUCUUCCUCCGAUUCCUACCCAUGCUCCUAUCGGUGCUCGUGGCCUAAGCUGGCUAAUCAGUUAUAAGUCAAGCUGUUGGAACAUGAAGCAAAACCACUCAGAUUACCCAAGUCAGAAACAGGACCUUGAUGUGACCUUACCAGGCUCAUAUCUAUAUACCAGCUAGCACAUGGACUAUUUUGCGCAACGCUGUCCAGAAACUACCAUGCAGGACUGAAUCAGUGAGCUGUUUGAAAACCCAAAUUAUUAGAGAUCUUCAUUUACUAAACCAAAGUCUGGUACCCGAGAAAGGCAUAAAACUAUUUGUAUGUGCUCUAUGACAGAAGAUGCUUUUUAUAGUAGUGUGUAGAAGUCACAUGCUGGCUUUCUUGUGGAAAAAUUUAGGCCAGUAUCACGUAAAUUUUUGGAGCAGAACUUUUUAGAGCUUAAUUUAUAAAAGGUAAGCCUUCAGUAAAGCCCUGUUACUUCUGUGACCCUACACUCAGUUUCACAGAGGCUCAUAGGCAUGGAAUAGUUGUAUCUCAAAGAUUUGUUUUGAGCGUUUCUGUACUGUGGAGAUAGCCCUUUUCGUUCAGCCGUUUCACCCCCCUGUACCUCAGAUUUCAACAACAUUCCACUACGCAUUUUUCUCCCUACAGUCCAUACUCUUUUGAAGGGCAGUUUUUGCUGACAAUCAGACAUAACCGCUCACAAUGACUAAGUAAGCAUGCACGUGUUCUUUAGCUAUGCUAAAAAGUGCAAUUAUUGAGGUUUUUGUCACUCCCAAAGUAAGUUUAAGCAAACAAAACUUGUACACCAUGCACACAGAAACCUUUCCUAGGCAUAAAGAUGUCAGAUAUUUUGUACGUUGUUACUAUUAAAAAUAUCAACAUAGGGCCAAGAUCUUCAUCUGGUUGUUGAUUUGCCUGGCAGUACUGUUCAUCGCCUGCGAUCAAAUUUAGAUGCACCUACAUGCAUCAGAUAUCGACUACUUAUAGAAAACUAGGUGGCAGACAACCAUUUCAGCCAGCAGAAGAAUGUUAAUCAGGUAAUAUAGCUGCUUUUAAUGACAGAAUUUGAUCAGUUUUCCUCUUGCCAUUUAAAAAGAUUAUAUUUAGACAAACUUUUAUCACUGUCUGACUGAGCAAACAAAAGCACACUAAGAAAUAAAAGACAGUCAGAAGUCUAGAGGUAACACAGAUAUCGUCACUGUGUUCAAUGUAACCAAUUAACCAGCUUAGGAGAACGUGUGAGAUAUCCAGAUGCAAGUGCUGAGGUAGCCUUUUGGGGGGCGAGGGGGAGACCAGGUGAGGCUAAGUCUCAGUCCAACAGUGUAGCCUUUACGUAAACCAACCAUUAUUGCCAUCACUUUUGAUGUUGAGAACAGCAGGCCUUUUGCUUAAGGCUUGCGCUGGCUGCAAGAUCAGGCCACCUGUGUACUUUGCUUUUCUCCUUUCUAAAAGUGUCUCUUUAGCUGUAAUGCUAAACAAAAGUUCCUUGAUUUCUUUAGUGAGGUAACAGAAUAAAUUCAAUGAACUAAGAAAGUUACUAAGCCUUAAUCUGGCUCUUUUAAACUUGUCUUGUUGUUUCUUAGUCACUGCCAAGAGGCAGGUGACCUGCAUUUUUGAUUUAUUAUGUUGCACUCUCUAAGACCCUAUCCGCAAGACUGCUUUUGUGCGCUAGGGGUAAUAUCAGUUAUAAAGGGAGAAUCUCCAAAUACUACAUUUUAAAAAUAACUUGUAAUAGGUCUAAUCAAGAUUUGCCUUACAAAUAAGAGCUUUAUAGCAAGCAUUUACUCGGUUUACACCAGUGUUUUACUUAAUUUUUAAUGCCUUUUUAUAGCAGUGAUAGACUUUACCUUAGAUAAUGGUACCUCUGUAUAGGAAAUAUUUUACUAUUUUUACCAGUUUUUUUUAAUUUUUCAUAUAAUAUAAAUGUAUAUCGUAAGGCGAUAAAUUCAACUUUGAUGUAACAAGCUUAUCACACAGGACCUAUUUCUCCAUUAUAAGAUUUUUGUAGUUAACCAGUCUAGUUCCAUAAUGUUGGCCUUUGAUCAUAAAUGUAAGCAUGCGAUAAAGGAGAAUAAAACUUUAUCAACAGCUAAUGCACAUUGUAGCACAAUAUUCUCCACUGCUGCCUUAAUCUCAUAAAAGGAAAUCAUAGGUUUUUAAUUUAUAUUCUAAAAAAGCCAAAAAACAGAGCAUCCUUUGGCUGCAGUUUUGUGUUGUUAGAGCACUUAAUAUUAAACCAAAUAAAUUAGCAUCCAAUAGAUCUACUUCCAAAGCAAGAGAUCACAUUGCAGUUUUCAAGAACACAUUUUCAAAGGAGUUCAAAACUUGCCACUAGUAAAGAAUAUUCUCCAAAGUGCCCCAGUGACCAAAAGCGUCCAAACAUAGCCACUGCAUUUUCACAUCUAAUUCCGCUAACUGUGCAAUCUGCAGGUCUCUCUGCCUAUUUUUUUUUUCCUUUUUGUAUGUCUUUGGUUAUCUGGGAGAAAUGGCAUUUCAGUUUUAUUUUUUGAAGGGGAGACACCUACAUGCUCGUGUGUGUAAUUAGAAACAACUACAUUUCUUAUAAAUGUGGAUGUGUGUGAUGUGUGCUGGUCAACUAUAAUUAAAAUGCUGAUAAAGAUGGUGAAUGUAUUGUCCUCAUUCCUCUGUCUUUCUGUGAUCAGGGUAAAUAAGAACUGUUUUAAGCUGUGCAUUAAUGUAACAGGUUAUUCCAAU